AUGCCGCCGAAGCGCCCCGCUGACCAGCUCCCGAAGCCGAUGAUGGAAGCCGCCGAUGCGCUCAAGGCCCAGGGGCUGGAGGUGACUGGCGAGAACCUGGCUUCGCUCCCUCACGCGCUUCGCGUGAAGGCUUUCAGCUCACUGAACACCGCCCUCAAUACCAGGUUCCAGGAUAAGGCGGUGCUGUUCAAGAACUUACAGGACGAUAACGACAAGAGGGAGUACCUGGCCAGCUUCAUGAUCGACCCGAAGAGCGGCGGCACCAUGACCAACAAAUCCAGCCGCGAGGUGAUCGAGAAGACGACCAAGAAGGUCCUCUGGGUCACGUUGGAGCAGUACGGGGGGCCGCUCUUCUUGAACAGCAUGGAGCACGCGAAAAUCGCAUUGGAGGGCGAGCCUAGUCGACCCCACGAGAACAAGAAGCUGGCGGAUACUGGAGCGCAACAGUUCAGGGUGGAGGUCACAGAGGAGGUCUUCGAGAAGGUCCUCGAGGAGAGUGCGGAGCUCGCAAAACAAGUUGAGCUUUCCGCUGAGGAGUUCGAGCCCGUGGCGAACGUGCUGAAAGAUAAGGACUUGUCUGGGCCCUCGUCGGCUGAUGGCUCCACCAAGCCACCGAUGAAGAGACGGCGUCAGAGCAGACGCGCCACGCCAGCCGCGACCGAACCCGACCCGCCCGCUGGGCCCGAUCUAGCGACCAAGGCUUCGCAGGAGAGCUUGGCGAAGGAGCUGAGUGAGUUGAAGAAGUUCUACGACAAGUCGAAGAAGGAGCUGGGCGAGGCGAAGCUCAUCGAGCAGAAGCUGGCCUCGAAAGCUUGGGGCGGCGCAGCGACCGACUACCUGAAGGAGGCCGUGGACAAGAUGAGGACUGAAAUGGGUCAGGCGUUCAACUUCUGGGCGGAGACGAAGGGUAAGACGCACGCCAACAACCAGGAGAGGGACGCAGACUCCGCGUCGGCCAAAGCCAUGCUCACCGAGAAGAAGAGGGAAUACGACACGUUCAAGACUAACACGUUGAGCGAGUUCCUCAAGUUCAAGAAGUAA